UCUAGCUGAGGAUAGUUAGGCCAGCAUAACAUGAGAUGCAGUUGAUAUUUUCCCGGCGUCUGGAGUGGCCUGUAUUGGCGGCCCCCAUGCAUAUGAAGCCUGGGAGCCGAGCGGGACGAGGUCGUGUCGUGAUGGCAAGGACGAGCCCUUGCAUGAAGCCCCUGGGCUCGGAGUAAGACUGCAAAUGUGUGUUAGCCUACUUUCGAGUGAAUGUGUAGCGGCAGACUGCGAUGAACUGAAAUACCAACUUGUGAUGGGAUACCAGCUCAUAGGGUCAGUUGUUUGCAGACGCGCCUAGGAUGUUUGGGCGUGUCUGUUUCUAUGUGUGUCUGUGCUCUCCUUUGUGUUUGUAUUCAUUUAAAUGUCUAUAUCUUUGUGUGUACGAUGUGUUUGAUUGCGUUUGUUGAUUCAACACUGCCAGUUCUCACGAUGAGACUCACACAAUUAUGACUUGGGUCAUUACAUCCUGCUUGAGUGAGACACCGUGCACGAUGCAGCGCACAGUGAGUGAAACCGAAAUCACGAUCCCACCUCUCACACCCUUCAAGAUGCUCUGCAGGUCGUGUCGCCGCGUGGUGGCCGUCUCCAAAACCUACUCGACCAGCAGCAUCGUCGCCAGAGGUUCCGUCACAAGCCUCCCGUUCGCGACAAGAGACUACUCCUCUCGAGUUGUUCUCACGACCCGAUCAACUCUCUCGCACCAUGCCCUCACAGCCCCAUCACCGCCCCAGAACAUCCAGAAGAUCCUGAGAAGGUGCUACUCCUCGGAGACGACGCCUACCUCGCCAGCCCUCGAGAAGCCCGACCACCUCGACGCCGCCGAGUCGACGAUAUGGGACAAACUGGUUGCCGAGUUCGCGCCCUCGGAGCUGAUCGUGCAGGACGUGUCGGGCGGGUGCGGCUCCAUGUACGCCAUCGACAUCACAUCGGCCAAGUUCAAGGGCGCAAACAUGCUGAAGCAGCAGCGCAUGGUCAACGCCGUGCUGGGCGACAUGAUGAAGGAGUGGCACGGCGUCCAACUGCGCACCAAAGCCCCCUGA